AUGGCAUUCAAAACUAACGCAUCAAUUACCCAAUUCGGGGGUAAAUUGUUGAAAUUGACUCAUGAUUCCAAACUUACCAGAACACCAAUGAAUGUCAAUGUCUUUAUCCCGCCAUCUUCUAAAGCAGCCCAGAUUCCCGUGUUGAUUUAUCUUUCUGGAUUGACAUGCACACCAGAGAAUGCCAGCGACAAGUCAUUCUUCCAAUACUGGGCCAGCAAAUAUGGAUUUGCAUUGGUGUUUCCCGACACAUCACCAAGAGGAGCCGAAAUCAAGGGCGAAGAAGAUAGCUGGGAUUUUGGCACCGGCGCUGGUUUCUACGUCAAUGCUACUCAACUGCCUUGGUCGACCAACUAUAACAUGUACUCGUAUGUGCACGAGGAAUUGAUUGAUGAGUUGAGCAAGGAGUACAAAGAGUUGGAUUUUGAGAACAUCUCAAUCACUGGUCAUUCAAUGGGAGGUAUGGGUGCCUUGGUUGGGUUUUUAAGAAAACCGAGAAACUAUAAAUCUGUUAGUGCAUUUGCACCAAUUGCAAACCCUAGCGUUGUCCCCUGGGGUGAAAAGAAUUUUGGCGGUUAUUUGGGUAAUGAUAAGACUAAAUGGGCAGAGUACGACCCAACUGAAUUGAUUAAACAUUUCAGCGGUGAUGACGAGUCGACUAUAUUGAUUCAUCAAGGAUUGAGUGACAACUUUUACGAAAGAGAGUUGAAGCCGGAGAAUUUCGUCAAGGCUGCCAAAGGUUACAAGGGAGAGGUUGAUUUGAAAUUGGUUGAUGGGUAUGACCAUUCGUAUUAUUUCAUUAGCUCUUUUGUUGAAGAACAUGCUAAACACCAUGCUAAGUAUUUGGGAUUGUUAUAA